ACGUGUGGAUUGCUCCCAGAUUGCUGGAUAAUGAUGGGUUUGGUAAUGUAAUUCGGUUUACUUUGCAUUGGCUGGUAUGUUACAGUAUUCCGUCAUAAAACAGCCGAUCCUGAACUGUUGCCCCCUCUCAGGUCAAAGAAUUUCCUGCACGAAUUCCAAGGACACGCCAAAAACAGGAACCAAAAUACCUUUUCGUAAAUUUUUCCUAGCGAGCAAACUGCUUCUUGCAUGCGCAGAACGCAAGCAGGAAGUGAAAGGUCCCCCGCGGAAUGGCUCAAAAGCUCCACCCAUCUACUUCCGUUUGGCGCACACUAUGAUUGGCUCAGCAGCUACAAUAUAAGGCGCCGUGCGGGCCUUAGGGCCUUUCUCUUCAGGUCUUUGUAAGGUGCUUGGUUCUUCUUCGGAAGCUAAGGCCGCGUUGGGGUGAACCCUCACUUCAGCUGGCGACUAGCACCGCUACAAACAAGUCUCUCUUUGCCCAGCUUCUGAAAUGGCAGUCUCCGAGCUCGCUUGCAUCUACUCCGCUCUCAUCCUUCACGAUGAUGAGGUUACAGUUACGGAGGAUAAAAUUAAUGCUCUCAUUAAAGCAGCAGGUGUAAAUGUUGAACCAUUCUGGCCUGGAUUAUUUGCAAAGGCCUUAAACAAUGUAAACAUUGGCAGUCUCAUCUGCAAUGUAGGAGUUGGUGGCCCUGCCCCAGCAGCUGGUGGUGCUGCCCCUGCUGGAGGUGCUGCCCCUGCUAGCACAGCUGCCCCUGCUGAGGAGAAGAAGAAAGAGGAAGCAAAAAAAGAAGAAUCGGAGGAAUCUGAUGAUGAUAUGGGCUUUGGUCUGUUUGACUAAAUAUUUUUUGUAACAUUGAAUAAAAAGCUUGAUUCAACUAAAAA